AUGACAGAUGCUGUUGAACCUCGCGAAUAUGAACCACCUGAAGGCACCGGAGAAGCUGCAAGCAAGAACGAAGGCCUGGGCAACAACCCGAAUUUUAGUCUGGCAGCCCAUGAAAAUCAGAAUCCAAAUAGCAAUUCCUACCAAAAUCCCUCCCACGACCGUCAAUAUGGCGAAGAGCAGGAUAGUCCGACAUUCAGUUUGGCCCAACCGCUCCCUCACAUCGUCAGACCGGGCAUGCGUCACGGCGCCUUGCCAGAAGAUAGGAAAGAAGAUCGGCAAAACGGCCAGGACCCAACUGCAGAUAGCAAGCAGAACCAGCCGACAGACCCAAGGGAUGAUGGUUUUUUUAACACUUGGUCGAAGAUCCGCCAUUACCUUCGAGAACCGCUGGCGGAGUGGCUCGGGACGACCAUCGCAAUGGCAUUCGGCCUAUGUGCUACCUUGUCAAACUUUACAUCGUCUGGCCAAGGCGGAUCAUACACUUCUCAAAGUGUCGCCUGGGGCUUCGGAUUCAUGGUGGCCAUUUACACCACUGGUGGUGUAUCUGGUGGCCACCUAAACCCAGCUAUUUCAAUCGCACUUUCCGUGUUCCGAGGUUUCCCUGCACGCCAAUGCUUGAUAUACAUCGCUGCACAGCUACUUGGAGCUAUCACUGCAGGUGGCAUUGCAUAUGCGAUCUACCACGAUGCUAUCAUUGAAAUUGCCGCGAGAGAAAAAGUGCCACAGAGCCUAAGUGUCGCCUCGGAAGCUCUCAUAACAGCCCCGAAACCAUUCGUUCAUCCCGCAACGGCAUUUUUCACCGAGUUCGUUGGCAGUGCGAUAUUAGUCGGAGCAGUUAUGGCCCUUGGAGAUGAUGGCAAUGCACCACCUGGCGCCGGAAUGAGCGCUUUUAUUCUUGGAGUCCUUAUUUCAAUUGUGGUCCUUGCAUUUGGCUAUAAUACCGGAGGGUAUGCAAAUCACUUUCAAGAUCCAUUCAAAGUUCCUGGAACUAAUUACCCAUGUCUUACUACAGCUGCUUCAAUUGCGCCCGAGAUUUUGGACCGCGACUCGUCGCCGUCAUGGCAGGCUGGGGAGGUCAUCUGUUUCCGAGAGACCCACGCUUGGUGGGUUUGGGGUCCCUGGUGUGCAGACAUCAGCGGUGCAUUAUUUGGCACAUUUAUUUACGACAUGGCUAUCUUCACGGGUGGUGAAAGCCCGAUAAACUACCCUCGACGACGACGAAAGCGGGCCUUGCGCGUGAGGACAGUGAACCUACGAAAGAAGCUGGGCCUCGGUCGGAAGAAGAAGGUUGCUGAUCCCGAAAGAUCCUCUAAGGAUUGA